AUGACCAACAGAGUGGAGCAGGGCUGCGACGUCGCGCCUACCAUCUUCAGCCUCAUGUUCACUGCCAUGUUAAUGAACACCUACCGUGACGCUCGCCGUGGGAUCCGUAGCGCCUACAGGACGGACGCACAACUCCUCAACCACCAACGGAUGCACUUCCAGUCGUGUGUUCCCACAGCUACUAUCCAUGAACUUCUAUUCGCCGACGAUCGCCGUAUCAACACUCUGAAGGGGACAUGCAAAGGAGUAUGUACCUCUUCGCCGCCGACUGCGACAACUUCGGCCUGGUCAUAAACACGGGGGAAACUGUGGUUAUGCAUCAACCGCCACCUGACGCUGCCUAGGUCGCACCCCACAUCAACGUGAAUGGCGCUCAACUGUAAUUUGUGGACAACGCCACCCACCUGGGCCUCACCCUCUCCCGCACAAUCAACAUCGACGAUGAAGUGACUCGCCGAAUUUCGAAAGCCAGUCAAGUCUUCGGCUGGCUGAAGAACACCGUCUGGAACCGUCAUGGCCUCUACUUCAACAACAAGUUGAAGAUGUACAAGGCAAUUUUCCUACUGGCGCUGCUGCACGGAGCAGAGACCUGUACGGUGUACAAGAAGCAGGCGCGGAGACUCAACCACUUCCACCCCAACUGUCUUCGACGGAUACUGAAGUUGAGGUAGCAGGACCAGAUCCAGGACACAGACGUACUGGAACGGACGGGAGCCCUCAGCAUCUACGCCAUGCUGAGACAUCUACAACUGUGCUGGAGCGGCCACCUCGUGCGGAUGGACGACGAGCGUUUACCCAAACUGCUAUUCUUAGGAAAUGUCGCAGCAGGUUCCCGCCGACAGAGUCGUCAAGUCCGGCGUUACAAGGAUACUCUGAAGACCUCCCCGAAGCGUCUGCAGAUCAACCCGGCCAACUGGGAAGACCUCGCCCGGGACCGACCGACCUGGCAAAGAACAGUGAAGACCGGCGUGGCAAUCUACGAAACCACUCGCAUCACCGUCGCCAAAGUCAAACACGAGGCUCGCAAAUCUCAGUUGCACCCACCCCUCAACGCUAACGGUCGACCGCCCUCAACCUGCCUGCGGUGUCAACGGAUGUUCUGGGCACCAGUCAGCCUCAUAAGACGUCUUUGCACCAACUGCAGCACCCGGUCUACACCAGCCGUUGUCCCCCGCCCACACCUGCCUCGUCCUCCACGCCGAUAACUUACAAGGAGUGCUCCAACGAAUCCCCACUACCAUUCUCCUCCUCCUCCUCCUACUCCUCCUCCUCCUCCAUUGCCUCAACAUCCGCUACAGCGGCUGCUGUGCCCAACACCAUUGCACACAAUUCUGACAUACCAAAAAACAUCAACCGUCCCACCGUCAACGUCAGCAAUGAGGACUUAGUCUACAGCUGUCCCCAUUGCGAUUGCAUCUUCACCUCACGCACUGGCCUGGUAGGUCGCUUGCGAUUUCAGUUCAUAGAGACUGGCGAACCAGUGCCCAGUGCACCAACCCACACCCGCCGCAUUCGGCUUCACUGUCCACAUUGCGCUCGCACAUUUAUUCAUCGCCAGUGUCUUUUAGGCCACAUGCACGUCCACGAAAACCCGCGGUAGACAACCACCGGCUGCCUCACACCAUCACACCCUCCCUCACCAGCACCUCACCGCAUAUCAACGUCCCCCAGCACAAGCAUCCAACUGUCACCUCCCACGCAAGUGGGGAGUGUGCGUCUAGGCUCCUUCUCUAUAGGCUCCUCCGCUGAAUGUGUAAUCGGAGUCUGAGACGUAGGCGGUGCGUCGAGCGCCGUGGCUCGGAAGGCAGCCGACUGACGCCCCAACGCAGUCUGCCUAGUCGUGUGGGCUGUUUGUAGUGGCGGACUGGUGGGCUGAGAGGCAGGCUGUUACGGCCCCUUCUCAAGCGAUCUGUGGCACUCUAAUGCAUGUGAGGAGAGUGUGUACUUUAAGGGUAGUGCCUCACAGUUGACGACUGUUUGGUUACUUAACCUCGAAAGGUGACGGCCCAGGCAGGACCACGUGUCACCCGUAUAGGUCAAAAGGUCUGCAAACGUGUGCUACGCCAGUAUCAGCAAACCAUGGCUAUCGCAGCCUGGUAUGCGCUGACAGUUCCCCGACACCUGGUUCCCUGCCACUAG